AUUCUCACAGCACAUCCGCUUAUUCUCACAGCAGCUUUUUUUCAAAGCACAGCAAUACCAAACCAGCCCUUCCUCCCAUCAAUGAUAAUCGUGUCAAUGAAAGUGGCCAGAGUGAUCAAAGGCAUCUGUCAAACAAAAAUGAAAAUCAGAAGCCUCUCUCAGACCAAAAAGAGAAUCAAAGGCAUUUCAGUUGCUCAGGAAUGGGUUUAUUCAUCGGACUCGUGAAGAAUCUUCAAAAACUUUUGGAAAGAGGGCAUGCAGAGUUUCUUACUCAUUUCCUUGGAGAAGCCUUAGAUAUACAGGCUACAAACGACAAGCGCCAAAACGUGUUCCAAAUUGCCGCUGAAUGUCGUUACCACAAAGUUUAUAAUCUUAUAUAUCUCCUUGAUGAGUUUCUCAAAGAAGAUCCAGACAAACAAAAAAAAAUACAGAUGAUAUUGGGGUCGAGAGAUAACUUUGAAAAUAAUAUAAUAUUACAUACAGUAGCAAGAAUUACCUCAUUGUCACAGAUUUAUCACAUUCGAGGUGCAGCUUUGCAAAUGCAAAGAGAACUACAAUGGUUCAAGGAGGUGGAGAGCAUUAUAGAUCCCAAAGAUUGUGAAUCUGUAAACGUGGAUAAUAGGACACCACGACAAGUAUUUACGGAUAAUCACAACGACAUGGGUAAAGAGGCAGAAAAGUCAAUGAAGGAAACAGCAACUUCUUGUACAGUUGUAGGUGCUCUCAUUGUCACCAUCAUGUUUGCUGCUGCAAUCACAGUUCCUGGUGGAAAUGAUGGACAUACAGGUCUUCCUACAUUCUUAACCGAAAGGGUAUUCACAACAUUUAUAGUUUCAGAUGCAAUCUCACUCUUUUCUUCCACAACUUCAGUUAUUAUGUUUCUGGGGAUUCUCACAUCACGUUAUUCUGAAGAUGAUUUCCGCAAAUCUUUGCCCACAAAAAUGAUAAUAGGCCUUUUUACCCUCUUUUUAUCUAUCGCCACCAUGAUGAUUGUCUUUUCUUGUGCCCUUUACAUUAUGCUUAAAGGGAAAUCAUCGAUUGUUAUCCCAAGCAUUUUGCUUGCUAGUGUUCCAGUUACCUCAUUCAUAUGGAUGCAAUUUCCAUUUCUUGUUGAGUUAGUUAUUUCUACGUUUGGACCAGGAUUAUUUGAUAGGAACAAGAAAAAGUUGUUUUGAAUUCCUAUGUUAUCUUUAGUUGGGUUUGUAUUUGAGUUGAGAGUAUGAAUCUCACGUUGUGUUGUUCACUUAAGAAUUCGCCACAUAUUAAGAAACUUGUGAAGAGAAGCCAAUGUAUACGGCUUUCUAUUUGGCCAAUGAUGUGUGUGUGUUUUCUUUUUUCAAUAAUGUAUGUUCUUCAAUCCUAAAAGAAAAAUUCUAACUUCCAGAGUUUCUA